UUCCCUGGAUUAUUCUUUUCGUCGCGUAUUUUAUUGAUUUGUUAAAACCAUGCAUAAUUUUCAGAAAAAGCAAAACAAUUUUUACUCCGAGCACUACAUUGGCGUCAUCUUUUCUGUGCAUGCGCGAAAAAAGGCGGGAUUUCUAGUAACAACAAUAGCGCCAAUCUAUUGUUUACGUUUGGAAUUAUUUACAUAUCUAUUCUUAAGCUAGCAACACAGUAAUGUGAUUAAUAUAACUUUGUAAAUUAAUUACGAUUCCAAGUUCCGUCAGUACGUGGUAACUGUACCUACUCUACAGAAAGUCUACGAUUCGGUGAAUACUGUUUAAUAUCGAGUGCCAACGAGUUUACGAAACGUUUGUUUUGGAAAUGUCGUCAGGACGCGGUGCUUUAAUAGUUUUCGAAGGUUGCGACAGAGCAGGAAAAUCCACUCAGGUUAAAAUGUUACUCGAGGCUUUAAAUAAAUUAAACAUUCCGGCGGCAGGGCGAAAUUUCCCUAAUAGAAAGACUUGCAUAGGAGCACUAAUAAACAAUUUUUUAUCCAAAAAACAAGAAUUUCCUCCGGAGGCAGCACAUUUAAUGUUCUCUGCAAAUCGAUGGGAAUGCAGAGAAGAGCUAUUGAAAACCUUGCACAGUGGUACUACUCUAAUCAUCGACAGGUAUGCGAGUUCAGGUGCAGCUUACACGGCAGCUACAAGCGGUAGAAGUUUAACUUGGUGCAAGGAAGCUGAUAGGGGUCUACCUUCUCCGGAUUUAGUCAUUUUACUCGAAGUAUCCCAAAAAGAUCAGUCUUUGCGUAGUAAUUGGGGAGACGAACGAUUUGAAAAUAUUAAAGUUCAACAACGUGUAGCCGAAAACUAUGAGAAACUAAAAGACAAAACAUGGAUUAGUAUCAAUGCAGACGAUGAUAAGUCAACAAUACAUUCUCAUAUAUUAAACAAGAUUUUCGAUACUGUACAAAAAGUUAAAGAUCUGCCUAUAGGUGAAUUGUAUGAAUCUAAAUAGUUUUAAGUAAGUAUUAGAAAUAAGUACAAAAAUAAUACAAACAGGUAAAUCGUACGAAUCUAAUUAAUUUUAUGCAAGUAUUAGAAAUAAAUACAAAACUACAAGAUCUGAUAUGCAAUUGUUCCAUAUUAUUUCAAUUUUUAAGAAUUUUCAUAUAGAUUU